CAAUUCCCAAAAUAAUCGCUACAGUUUCCUUCGCUCAAAGGACUCUUUUAUAUUUUUCUAUCUCUGCUCGUUUCGUUUCAUUUUCUCUCAACUCACCCACCCACCUCUCUCUCUCUCUUUUUCUCUCACGCUAGUUUCAUUUUCACUCACUUUCUCGCACUUUCUGUCCCAAAUUUUCCCGGGAAUCUGUCCCCGCCACGAACUCCACACGUGCUCGUCUCACUCGAUCGCCCAGUCGGUUCCGAUUCCCUAUUUAUUUCGAUCAAUGCGCUUCAUCUGAACUUGACUGAGCUUAGCUGAGCUUUUGGAAUUUUGGAUAUGGAAAACGGUGCCGUACAGAACGGAGUUUGCUCCUCCGAGUCGUUUAAUGGAAGCUGCGACGUUUGGAGCUGCAAGGACUCUGAUUCUUCUUCGGCUGAUCAUCUCGUCGUCAUGGUGAAUGGAAUUCUCGGCAGCACCUCAGAUUGGAAGUUUGCAGCAGAGCAGUUUGUUAAAAUGCUCCCUGAUAAAGUGAUUGUUCAUUGUAGUGAACGAAAUGUGUCUAAGUUGACUCUUGAUGGGGUGGAUGUGAUGGGAGAGCGGUUAGUAGAGGAGGUCCUUGAACUUAUUCAGAGAAAGCCUAACCUAUCCAUGAUCUCCUUUGUUGCACACUCUGUGGGAGGACUAGUGGCAAGAUAUGCAAUUGGAAGACUUUAUAGACCACCUAAGAGUGAAAAUGUAGAGGAUUCCACGGCUAAUAGAUGUGAAGAGGAUUCAAGGGCCACAAUAGGUGGCUUGAAGGCUAUGAACUUCAUUACUGUUGCUACUCCUCACCUUGGCUCAAGGGGUAAUAAGCAGGUACCAUUUCUUUUUGGUGUACCUGCUUUUGAGAAAGCUGCAACUCUUGUUAUUCAUUGGAUUUUUAGGAGAACAGGUCAACAUCUUUUUCUCGUUGAUAAUGACCAAGGAAAGCCACCAUUGCUUAAACGUAUGAUAAAAGAUGAUGGUGACUGUUACUUCAUGUCUGCAUUGCGUACAUUCGAACGUCGGGUGGCAUAUUCAAAUGUGGGCUAUGACCAUAUUGUGGGCUGGAGAACAUCAUGCAUUCGGCGUAAUGGUGAUCUUCCGAAGUGGGAGGAUACUCUUAAUGAAAAAUAUCCACAUGUUGUAUAUGAAGAACAUUGCAAGGCUUAUGAAGCUGAGGAGUGUGAGGCUACUUCAAUUGAAGAUCAUGGGUCUGACAAGCUAGAAGAGGAACUGGUGACAGGCCUAUCUCGCGUGUCAUGGGAGAAAGUAGAUGUCAGCUUUCAUAGUAGCAGACAGAGGUUUGCUGCUCAUAGUGUCAUUCAGCAUGUGGAGAUGAACAGGAGAAAGGAUAUAGAACGCAGGACUACAAUGGUAACUGAUGUAUUAGGUAUUUCUGUCCCUUGGAAGAUGAUCCUAAUAGAAACAAGAGGAGCCUUGUAGGAAAAUGGAAUUCUAAAGUUUGUUUGGAUCCUGUUAAUCUAUUGUGUAAAUAUGUGCUAGACAUGGCUCUAGGUAUUACUUUGUGGCUUGUCAAAGCUGAAGUUCUUUCACAUUAGAACUCAAAAAAGGAAAAGAAAAGAAAAGAAAAUCAUAGUCUUGAAGAAAAAUAAAAAUGACCUGGCACUAGAUAGUAGAUGCAAGCUGAAGUCAAGAAUGACGGAAAGCACUCAAAACCAUGCUGAAGAGAACAACAUACUAGUCUGACGAAGUGUAUUAUGUAACUAUACAUAGUUAAUUUGUAAGGAUCACACAAAAAUGGAAACUAAACAUUGUGCUCAAAUGUGGAGAAAUAAAAAGGAAAUAAAAGAGCAUAAACAGCUGUUUAUGGUUUUUGA